UCUUUAACGCUACCUACUUUUUCCCCUCUUUUUCAAAACCAGUAAAUUCAGGAAACUCCCAUUUUUAAGCGAAGCUAAAGCAAGCGAAUUUUUCGGAAGUUCGAAUUCUGAGAAGUUUACAGAGAUGAGAGGUUUUUUCAGUCGAGGAGCGAAAGACUCUCCGUCUUCCGCCUCUCCGUCACCGAUAUCAUACCCUUCGAUAUCUCCAGCUUCGUCGUCUGCAGUGACAGGCCCACCGAGACCGAUUCGUCUAGUGUAUUGUGAUGAGAAAGGCAAGUUUCGUAUGGACCCUGAAGCUGUAGCUACUUUGCAACUCGUCAAGGAACCGAUCGGUGUUGUCUCGGUUUGUGGUAGGGCUCGUCAAGGAAAGAGCUUUAUUUUGAACCAGCUUCUUGGACGAAGUAAUGGGUUUCAAGUAGCAUCAACACACAAGCCGUGUACCAAGGGGCUUUGGCUGUGGAGCUCUCCUAUUAAACAAAAAGCUCUUGAUGGAACCGACUAUAAUCUUUUGUUGUUAGAUAGUGAAGGGAUUGAUGCUUACGACCAAACGGGUACCUAUAGCACUCAGAUAUUCUCAUUAGCUGUUCUUUUGUCAAGCAUGUUCAUAUACAAUCAGAUGGGAGGUAUUGACGAAGCUUCACUCGAUCGACUUUCUCUUGUCACUCAAAUGACGAAGCAUAUCCGUGUAAAAGCGUCUGGAGGAACGAGUUCACGUUCUGAAAUUGGACAGUUUUCUCCCAUCUUUGUCUGGCUCUUGAGGGACUUUUAUCUGGAUCUAGUGGAAGAUAACCGUAAGAUUUCUCCGCGUGACUACUUAGAAAUUGCGUUAAGGCCGGUUCAAGGUAGUGGAGGAGAUAUUGGUGCUAAAAAUGAGAUCCGAGAUUCCAUUCGUGCUCUCUUUCCCGACCGAGAGUGUUUUCCCCUUGUAAGGCCUCUGAACAAUGAAAAGGACCUCCAGAGACUUGAUCAAAUUUCGUUGGAUAAAUUGAGACCUGAGUUCGCCGCUGGCCUGGAUGCAUUGACCAAGUUUGUUUUUGAGAAGACGAGGCCCAAGCAAUUAGGGGGUACUGUGAUGACUGGUCCUAUUCUUGUCGGUAUUACACAGUCUUAUCUGGAUGCAUUGAAUAAUGGUGCCGUGCCAACAAUAACCUCAUCUUGGCAGAGUGUGGAAGAAACUGAGUGUCGAAGAGCAUAUGACUCCGGUGUAGAAACCUACAUGGCUGCCUUUGACCAAUCAAAAACUCCUGAAGAAGGUGCACUGAGGGAAGAACAUGAAGAAGCAGUUCGAAAAGCCUUGGCUAUGUUUAACGCUAAUGCUGUAGGGACUGGUUUAGCAAGAAAAAAAUACGAGGAUCUUCUCCACAAAGACUUGAAGAAAAGAUUUACGGAUUACAAAAAAAAUGCAUUCAUGGAGGCAGAUUUGCGAUGCACGAGUACUAUCCAAAGUAUGGAGAAGCAGCUGAGAGCAGCUUGCCAUGCCUCUAAUGCGAAUAUGGAUAAUGUUGUCAAGGUUCUAGAAGCUCGUUUGUCAGACUAUGAAGCAUCAUGCCAUGGCCCAGGGAAAUGGCAGAAACUUUCGGUGUUCUUGCAACAAAGCUUGGAAGGACCGAUAUAUGAUCUCACCAAAAGACUUAUAGAUAAUAUCGCUAUAGAGAAGAACUCACUUGCAGUGAAAUUCCGUUCUGUUGAAGAUGCAAUGAAGCAUUUAAAGCAGCAGUUGGAUGAUAGUGAGAAAUACAAGUUGGAAUACCAGAAACGUUAUGAUGAAUCCAACAUGGACAAGAAGAAACUGGAAGAUAUAUAUAGAGAACGCAUAACUAAAUUACAGGGAGAGAACAGUUCGCUGAAUGAGAGAUGCUCCACUUUGGUUAAAACUGUGGAAUCUAGACAAGAAGAAAUCAAAGAAUGGAAAAGAAAGUAUGACCAGCUUGUUUUGAAACAGAAAGCUGUUCAAGAUCAGCGUAAUUCUGAAAUGGAAGUCCUUAGGACACGAAGUACUACUUCUGAAGCUAGGCUUGCUGCAGCUAGAGAACAGGCCAAAUCCUCUCAAGAAGAGUCAGAGGAAUGGAAAAGGAAGUAUGAUUUUGCUGUUGGAGAGGCAAGAUCUGCUCUUCAAAAGGCUGCUUCAGUGCAAGAACGUUCAGGCAAGGAAACCCAAUUGAGGGAAGACGCUCUUAGGGAGGAAUUUACUUUCACUUUAGCUGAAAAGGAUGAAGAAAUUAAGGAGAAGGCUACAAAAAUUGAGAAGGCCGAGCAGUCUCUAACCGUUCUGAGGUCAGAUUUGAAGGCGGCAGAGUCGAAAAUUAAAAGCUUUGAAAUGGAAACAGCAUCACUGAAAUUAGAGUUAAGGGAAAUGAUUGAUAGGUUAGACAGUGCCAGCACAAAAGCUCUAGCAUAUGAAAAGGAGGCAAACAGGUUGGAGCAGGAGAAAAUCCUUUUGGAGCAAAAGUACCGAUCUGACUUUGAAAGAUUCGAUGAAGUCCAAGAGAGAUGCAAGGCAGCUGAAAUAGAAGCUAAACGCGCUACUGAACUGGCGGACAGAGCUCGAGCUGAUGCCGUCACUUCCCAAAAGGAGAAAAGUGAGAGUCAGAGGUUGGCAAUGGAAAGACUUGCUCAGAUUGAGCGAGCGGAGAGACAAGUCGAAAACUUAGAGAGGCAGAAAACUGAUUUGGAAGAAGAAUUGCACAGACUUCGUGUGUCUGAGAUGGAGGCUGUCUCCAAAGUUACAGUCUUGGAAGGAAGAGUCGAAGAACGAGAGAAAGAGAUCGAGUCAUUGCUAAAGAUAACCAAUGAGCAGAGGGCGCAUAACGUGAAGUCUUUGGAGAAGCUAUUGGAUGAGGAGCGUAAGGCUCAUAUAGCUGCGAACCGAAGAGCUGAAGCUCUUUCGCUUGAGCUGCAAGCUGCACAGGCAAGCGUUGAUAAUCUCCAGCAGGAAUUAGCUCAAGCUAGGCUAAAAGAAACUGCAUUAGACAACAAAAUCAGAGCUGCGAGUUCGUCACGUGGGAAACGGACCAGAACUGAAGACGUUAUUGAUAUGGACAUUGGUGAAACAAGUGAUAGAAUCUUGAGGACUAAACGAUCUCGAAGCGCAAGAGGAGAUGAUCAUGGUGCUUAUGAGGAUGGUGUUUCGGUUUCUAGAGUCGAUGAGGACACUCAAAACCAGCAAGGCGAGGAGGAGGAGGAAGCAGAAGACUACAAGAAGUUCACAGUGCAGAAUCUAAGGCACGAGCUGACAAAGUACGAUUUCGGGCAUUUGAUACUUAACCGAGGGCAUCAAAACAAGAAAGAGAUUGUUGCUUUGUAUGAAGCUCAUGUUCUUCCUAAGAAAGAGGAAGAGAGAAAGAGGCAGAGAGAAGCUACUUCUUAGGACAAACUCGAAGUUUCGAUCUUUAGAGAUGAGUUAAGCGUUUGGAUUUAGAAAGGCUUUGACUUUGUGUAUUGUUUGACGGUACUGAAGCUAGUUUUAUUAUUGGUUUUAUGAGUGUCUCUUUUGUGUUGGUGUUAUUAAUUUGUGUGGGCAUUGAGUCGGUUUGGUGUUGGACCUUUUGUUUUACAGACUUUAUUUUUGUUAAGAAUACUGUUGAGCUUGAUUUCGACCUUUUGCUUUGGAAUUUUUAAACGCUUUGAUUCUCUGUCAACGUUAUUGACUAUUGGGUUUUAACUUUAA